AACCGAAUACGAGUGUGCGCGCGAGAAAUGCAGUAGGCUACGAGACACACACCGCACAGCCCCGUUAAACCCCGCCGAAUCCACGCGCACGGGGAAAAAAGACACUGGGAAAAACAGCCCACAGUGACAGGAAAGCCCACCGCCGACGGUCAGAGGUAAAAUGGGAGGGAAGCUGAGCAAAAAGAAGAAGGGAUACAAUAUGAAUGACGAGAAGGCAAAAGAGAAGGACGCAAAGACGGAGGGAGCGUCGGCGGAAGAGGGAGAAGCUCCUAAGGAGAACAAGGAGGAAGCUCCUGCUGCCACUGAGACAACCAAUGACACGGAGGCGGCCGCCAAUGAAGCCACGCCCACCGCCGAUAGCAAUUCCACCGCACCCAAGGAGGAGGAGAAAAGCACCGCCGCUGCGAAGAAGGAGGAGCCAGCGGCGAACGCUAAUGCUCCUAAAGCUUCUGACGCCAAGAGCAGCGAAGCUGCCAAAGCAGAACCCGCUAAGAGUCCAGAUGCCCCUCCUGCCAAAGCAGAAGAUAAAUCCGCCCCUUCUGCAGCUUCAGCCAAUGAAAAAGAGGCUGCAAAAGAUCCCGCCCCUCCUGUAGCUACAGUGACGGAGAGCAAGCCCGACGCCGAGUCUAAAAAAACUGAGGCUCCGCCCACAAAAGAAUCCACCCCUGCAGAGCCAAUCACCACGGAGACCAGCCCCGCCCCCAAUAAGGAGCAAGCAGUCACUGUGCAGGAUUAACAGAAGGAACAGUUAAUGACAAGAUUAAUGACAAAUGAAAAACAAGAUCAAAUCUAAAUAAUAAAACUAGCCCGCCCAUUUUAAAUUAUAUAAGCAAUUAUAAUUAUGAAUAAUGAUAUUAGUAACAACAAUGAUUUUAACAUGCUGGAGGUUGAUCAUUGUGUUGGCGAUGGACAUGAUCAUGGUGAAUAAGACUGGAAGUUAUGAUGAUAUCUUUACUAUUCAAUUGAACUUUGAUACAAACCACCAGCCCCCAACUCUCUCUCUCUUUAUCUCUCAUCACCUUUCUGUCUACCUCCAUUCAGUGAGGGGUGGAAAAAAACAUGAAAUCUAUUCAUUGCCACCCUCCAAAUCUCACUUCCCUCCAUUUGAGUGUGAUGGCAGUGUGUGGGGUUAAUAUAUGUGUGUGUGUGUGUGUGUGUGUGUGUGUGUGUGUGUGUGUGUGUGCGUGUGCGUGUGCGUGUGUGUGUGUGUGUGUGUGUGAGUGACAGUAGUAGUAAUAGUAGUAGUCCAGCCUCCCUGAUACAUGUUUCAUAUUUCCUGUUUGCUGCUUUCUAGUUAGUGAUUGGCAUUGUGUCUUUGCUUAUCCCCCGACUUUCCUACUUUAUUUAUUUGUCUCUCUCUCUUUUUCUCACAUAUCAGUGGAAACUUAAUCAGUGUAAUGCAUAAUACAUCAAACACACACAUACACCAUGCUCAAAAUUGAAUGUUAACAUUAUUAGUUUUUUUUUUUUUAAAGGAACAGUUCACCUAAAAAUGACCUAAACCUGUAUGACUUUUUGUCUUCCAGAGAAUGCAAAAAGAAAUACAUUUUGCUGAAUGAGCUGCUCAUUUCCGUGCACAAAAGUGAAUGGGGACAAGAUCUGUCAAGCAAGGUUUUGAUUAAAAAGCGAUUUAAAUUUCAAAGAAGACUUGGAAUAUAGUGCACAAGCCGUAUGGACUCCUUUUGUGAAGCUUUUAUGGUGCUAUUUUGUCCUUUUUGAAACUAGACAGCCUUUGGUCCCCAUCCACUUUACUAAGAACAGCGCAGCGUGAACAUUGUUCAAAAUGUUUCCUUUUGUGUUAGAUGUAAGAAAGUAAGUCAUACAGGUUUGACAUGAAGAUAAGUAUAUUAUUACAGAACUUUAAUUUAAGGUGAACUAUCCCUGUAAUUGGAUGUUUAAAAGUUCAUUUUUAAGUGUGAACAUGUGUGGAGGGAUCCGGGAGUAUGAAGUGAGUGUGUGUAUGGAGUUAUACAUGGUAUAAGCAUGUAUUUUCUGCACGUGUGUGUGUGUGUGUGUGUGUUAAUGGAGUUUUAGUCUUUCUGUACUUUGAAAGCAGCAGAUUUCAUGAAGUCAGAGAGACAUAGGGAAAGAGCCCAGACCUCCAAACUCACCAAAUAGGAUGAUCUCUCAACAUGCUGACAGAACAAUGUGAGCGUUGUGUGUAUCUGUAUGUGUGAGGCUGUGUGUGUUUUGCAUGUCAGUGGUUGGCCCCACUGUUGUGUAUUUUUGGUUACUGUGGAGAUAAUGUUGCUACAGGUGAUUUUUCAUUUGAAUUAACACACAUGCUCUCUCUCUCUCUCUCUCUCUCUCUCUCCUUCUCUCUGUUUCUUUCUCUAUCAUUCCUUUUCUUUUCAAAAAUUCCCUGGUAAAUGAAAAAAAUACAAAUAAAACGGAAGAAUUGAGAUAUAUGUACUUGUAUACAUGGAGCAACAUUAAUAAAAUGAAACAAACAGAUAAAAAAUCA